GUUCUUUUGUCCUCCUCCAUGUGUGUAUCUCAUGGGCAGUGGAUGGAAGAAAAAAAAAGAGCAAAUGGAACGGGAUGGUUGCACUGAGCAAGAGUCACAACCUUGCGCCUUCAUUGGAAUAGGAAACAGCGACCAAGAAAUGCAGCAGCUGAACUUGGAGGGAAAGAAUUAUUGCACUGCCAAAACAUUAUACAUAUCAGACUCAGACAAGAGAAAGCACUUCAUGUUAUCGGUAAAAAUGUUCUAUGGCAAUAGUGACGACAUCGGUGUGUUCCUCAGUAAACGAAUCAAAGUCAUCUCCAAACCUUCUAAAAAGAAACAGUCACUGAAAAAUGCAGACUUAUGUAUUGCAUCAGGGACAAAAGUGGCACUAUUUAAUAGACUUCGAUCCCAAACAGUUAGCACCAGAUAUUUGCACGUAGAAGGUGGUAAUUUCCAUGCCAGUUCACAACAGUGGGGAGCAUUUUACAUUCACCUCUUGGAUGAUGAUGAAUCAGAAGGAGAAGAAUUCACAGUGAGAGAUGGCUACAUUCAUUAUGGGCAGACUGUCAAACUUGUAUGCUCAGUUACUGGCAUGGCACUCCCAAGACUGAUAAUUCGAAAAGUAGAUAAACAAACAGCGUUAUUGGAUGCAGAUGAUCCAGUAUCGCAGCUCCAUAAAUGUGCAUUUUACCUUAAAGACACUGAGAGAAUGUAUUUGUGCCUUUCCCAGGAGAGAAUAAUCCAAUUUCAAGCCACUCCAUGCCCAAAAGAACCAAAUAAAGAAAUGAUUAAUGAUGGAGCUUCUUGGACAAUCAUUAGCACAGACAAAGCAGAAUACACAUUUUAUGAGGGGAUGGGACCGGUCCAUGCUCCAGUGACACCUGUGCCUGUUGUAGAAAGUCUUCAAUUGAAUGGCGGAGGGGAUGUAGCAAUGUUGGAACUUACAGGACAGAACUUCACUCCAAAUUUACGUGUCUGGUUUGGGGAUGUGGAAGCUGAAACCAUGUACAGAUGCGCAGAGAGCAUGCUAUGUGUUGUUCCAGACAUUUCUGCAUUUCGAGAGGGUUGGAGGUGGGUCCGUCAGCCAGUCCAGGUUCCAGUAACUUUGGUCCGUAACGAUGGCAUAAUUUACUCCACCAGCCUUACCUUUACAUACACACCGGAACCAGGGCCACGACCACACUGCAGUGCUGCUGGAGCAAUCCUCAGAGCCAACUCAAGCCUCAUGGCUUCCAGUGAAACAAAUACAAACAGCGAGGGAAGUUACACAAACGUCAGCACAAAUCCCACCAAUGUCACAUCAUCUACAGCAACUGUAGUUUCCUAACUACUGUUGUUUGUCGGGACUUUAACUGACUUUUAAGUGCUACAUUCAAGAGAACCGAACAAUUUUUGUGGUUUCAUGGGAAAACACCUUUCCAUUUUAGGUGAUAUUAUUUGAACCUUGUUACCUGCAAGUGCUGAUCUUAAAUAUAGAAGCCACAAUAAAAAAACAAAAACAAAAAACAUCCGAAACUUAAGAACUUUAUUGAAAAUCUAUUUUUCAG